AGCCGAGGAGGGAAGGCGGCCUGGGAGCGCGCGAGGCUCACGUACGCGCGCCUACGCGCCCCCGCGCCCCCGCGCCGCCCGCGCUCCCGGGAAGUCUCGCGAUGCCGUAGCCCGCUGCUCCCGCUGCGGGCGGCUCUGGCUGUUGCUGUGGUUGCCUGAGUGGCGGCGGCGGCGGCGGCGCUGGUGGAGGGGUCGGCCCUCGGGCGGAUGUUGACAUUGUGUUGUUAUUGCUGACGGUAAUGGCGGCGACGGCCGGGACCACAUCUCCUCUGUAGCCGGAGUGGAGACCGCCGGGAGCCAAGUCCGCGGCCUCUGAGCUCGCGGCGGCGCCUCCCCUCAGCCUCCGCCGCCUCGCAGCCCGUAUCCCGGCCACAGUCCCUGGAGUCCGGCUCCUUCGGGCAGGGGUCUCGGGGCUCAGGAUGGCGGAUUUCGACGAGAUCUACGAGGAGGAGGAGGACGAGGAGCGGGCCCUGGAGGAGCAGCUGCUCAAGUACUCGCCGGACCCGGUGGUGGUCCGCGGCUCGGGUCACGUCACCGUAUUUGGACUGAGCAACAAAUUUGAAUCAGAAUUCCCUUCUUCAUUAACUGGAAAAGUAGCGCCUGAAGAAUUUAAAGCCAGCAUCAACAGAGUUAACAGUUGUCUUAAGAAGAACCUUCCCGUUAAUGUACGUUGGCUACUUUGUGGCUGCCUUUGUUGCUGCUGCACAUUAGGUUGCAGUAUGUGGCCAGUUAUUUGUCUCAGUAAAAGAACACGAAGAUCGAUUGAGAAGUUAUUAGAAUGGGAAAACAAUAGGUUAUACCACAAGCUGUGCUUGCACUGGAGACUGAGCAAAAGGAAAUGUGAAACGAAUAACAUGAUGGAAUAUGUCAUCCUCAUAGAAUUUUUACCAAAGACACCAAUUUUUCGACCGGAUUAGCAUUUACUUUAUUUAUAGAGACUUUCCAAGUAUGUUGUCUUUCCAAUGGUGCCUUGCUUGGUGCUCUUCUGGUGGUGACAUAACAUUGGUUCUACAGAAUCGUGUGGUGUUUUUUUCUUCUUUUUUUUUUUUUUUAAUAACCGCAUGUUCUAAGUGUGCAUUUUUGUCCAACUUUGCAACAGUUAUUUCAUACAGAUGUUUAAUACUUAAGUUAUUGUGCUCUUUUCUGUUAUGUAUUCUGAUUUUCAAGGUUACUUUUUUGUAUUAUCAAAAAAAAAAUACAUUUGAACUUAGCAUAAAAAAUGGCCAGCCUUUUUUAUUUUAUCACCAAGGUAUACACAGUCUUUUAUUUAUUAAUUCCUUAAUAUAGAAAAACACCUUUGUAAGACUCUACUCAUCAUUUAUAGCAAGCACACUCUUUGUAUUCUUUCUCACCCUUUUUAAAUUUAACAUAGUAAUUCUUUUAAAAUAGUAAGUUUUCUUUAAUAGCUUUUUGGCAUUUAACAUAUCCUUUCUCAUACAAUUCCUAAUGCUCUGUUUACAGCGGAAAUAUUUGUAACAUUAUGAAGACGUAUAAAAACGUUUUGAAAGGAUUUCUGGUUUCAAAGGUAGCAAGGCAGAAUUAAAUUAUUUUUUAUUAGAAUAGACAAAUCAGUGAAUGGUAUGCAUGCAUCUAAUGGUUACUAGAGCUCAGGAUCAUAAAAAUUUAAUAUCAUUACAAUCUGUAUAUUUUUUAUCAAGAUGAUAAUGCCUUAUUUGGGUUAUUUUUUGUUUAUCAAAUCUUAUAUACAAAAGUAUGGAAAUACUCCCUUAAAAAGUUUCUAAGGAAAAUACUUCUCCUAAUCUAACACAGUUGUAGAAUGGAUAUUUGUUUCUAAGAAAUUUUGAAAGAAAGUAAAAAUUCUAGAAUUAAAAAUAAGCUGGUGUUUAAUACCCCAUUGAUAUUGCGAACAGAUUAUUACUAAAAAAUGGAAGGCAUAUUUAGUACUGUUUUUAUCUACUAGUUUGCUUUUGGUCCAGUUAUGUGUACUUUUUUUUUUUAUUGAGAAGGUGACAUUUAAGUUUAAAUUAGAUCAGCUUGUUUCUUUUACAUAUAUACAAACAUACAUUUUUUUUUCUCUUUUUGGUUGUACAUAUGUCCAUGCAUUUUAAAACUUUCUGAAUGGCCUAUGUGUAAAUUUUUGUUUUUAUAAACUUGAAAUUAUACAAAUUUUAAUGUGUGUCAAGAACUUGUUCCAUACAGCUGUGGUAUCAAGCAAUAAUGUGAAUAACUUUUGAAAUUAUAUAAACUGUGCUUAAUAAUUUGUAUUAAGAAUUGGUACCACUAUACCUUUUUUCCUUGUAUUAAAUUUUUUAAAUACCA